ACCUGCAGCGAUGAACAAGAUUGCAGCAAGAAACUCCUCGCGAAAGAUGUGUGUGUUGCCGAGAUCACAUGUGCAAAGCAAGCAAAGAACUUCCUCAAGGCGCUGGAGAAGGGUGAUGAAAAUGACAUCGGGAAGAAGUACGAGGAGAUGGUCAAGUGCACUAUGGAAUUCAAGGAGAAGGGGGAGAAACUCUUUGUUUGA